AUGUCUUCCGAGCCCGUGCACGAUACACAAGUGCCUCUUCUCUUCGCUCCAGAAACGUACCAGUAUACCAAGGGCCAUCUCCAGGAAGCUGAAAUCGAGAAAGACCCUCUACUCCAGUUCAACAAAUGGUUCAAACAGGCACAAACUGAACUUCCUAAAGGUUCUGACAUCAUUCCUGAAUCCACCAACUUCUCAACAGCCCGCUUGCCUUCUGGUCGUGUUUCGUCUAGAAUUGUCUUGUUGAAGGAAUUGGACCAUUAUGGAUUUGUAGUCUACUCCAACUGGGGUAGCUCCAAAAAGGCUGCUGACUUCAACAGCAAUAAACACGCUUCCUUAACGUUUUUCUGGCCCCACAUCCAAAGACAGGUCAGAAUUGAAGGCUUAAUGGAACCUGUCACUAGAGAGACUACUCAGAGAUACUUCGAUACCAGACCUAGAGGUUCUAAAAUCGGUGCCUGGGCUUCUCCUCAGUCUUCAGUAAUUUCAUCCAGAGACGACUUGGACAAGAUCAACAACAAGUACGAAGACAAAUUCAAGGCAUUGAAAGACAAUGAGAUUCCUGCCCCAGAGCAUUGGGGAGGCAUGAGAAUCGUGCCAUUAGAAGUAGAAUUCUGGCAAGGAGGAGUUUCCAGAUUGCACGACAGAAUCACAUACAGAAGAGAAAGUAUUGACAAGAAUGAAUGGGAAGUUGUGCGCCUUGCUCCAUGA